AUGUUACCUUCAAGUAAGCGCGCUGCGGGCGCUGCGCCAUUGAGCACCACCGCGAUCGCUGCUAUCAUCACUGGCAUCGGUGUUGUCAUGCUGUGUCUACUCAGCGCCCUGGUUUUCCUGCUGGUACGCGCAGUCCGCGCCCAUAAACGACUCAUCGCGGAUCUGGACGAACGAGGCGUCUCAAUUGCACAGGCACAGAGAGAGGUGGCAGGAGACUUGGUCAUGAGGCCACGCGCGGUACUAAGGCGGAAUACUGUUCUACCGUUCAACAAGACAUCGGGAUGGGGAACGCUGCCUUCCACGGAAACCUUUCAGUCUUCAGAUUCAGGGGGAGUUCCGGAACACUACGUACCGCCCAUGCCCACCAAUGCGAUGAAACGGUCUAGUCAUCUUUCCUGGCCCUUUUCUACACGUCGUAUGAGUGGUCAGUCUAUGCAAAUGAAGAAAAUGAAGGUCUCGAGACUGUCAACGGUCAUGGAGAGCCCGAAGUCGUCGCCACUACUGCUGAACACGGCCCAUAUGAAUGCCAGUGGGCAGUCAAUUGCAAUGUCGAGCGAGUACGCGAAUUCCUCAUGCCAGUCGUUACUACAACAUCAUCCCGCAUUUCGCCAUCAACAUCAGGCUCUAGGCCCCCCAGGAGCAGCCACACGCGGUCCCAUUGACGCCAAAAAACGGUUGCAUAGGGCCCAGUCUGUUGUCGAGGUAUCGACCAACCAAAUGGCUAGACCAUAUCUGAAAGCGAGAUCUGUCAGUCUUUGCAGUCAAACAUCGGGGGUAGUGCCUGACGUGAUUCUGCCACCACUACCACUGGAGGUGUCGCGUCUAAAGAACAUGACCAAGGAUUACAGUCAGCUACACCGUGCUCCUUCAAAGUUAUCUGUUUCUAGCUUCGGAUCUGCAGACAGUACCAUCCUUGGCCCACGCAAUAGCCCAGCUGCUCCUCCACCUGCCAAAUUUCGAGGACAGAAGAUCACGAAGCCAAAUACCAAGGGCUCGGCAUUUGCGGGCGGCAAAAACAUUAGGGACACACUAGAUCUGCGUACAAAGGUCUUGGGUGGGCGGUACCCAAAUGAAGCGAACACGACGGCCAGAGCCCCUUCAGUAGAGAGGCAACGAGGGCAAGCGGAUCACAGGAGCACACUUAUGGAGGAAUUGAACAUCCAAUUACCGGGUGCUGCAGGGCCUGGGAGACCUAAAAGCAUCAACAAUACGCGGCAAGGUUCCACCGACUCUCCUCAAACGCGAAAUUCUUCCAACCCAAAGCGCAGGUCUAAGACGCUGGUCUCAUCUGCUGGCUCGCCUGAGCGACAGGAUCAGAAUCAGAACCCUAACAGUUCGAGAAUGGUAACUGGGAUGAGAUCGCCGAAGCGUCAGCAUUCUCAGACCUCUUCUCGAAGCAGCGGCGGAAAUCCCUUCCAAUGGGACCCUACCCCAAUCUUGCCAGCUUGUGCUAAGCCGUCGAACUUGAAGGGAAGCCCAAGUGCUCGUAAGGGACAUGGGAGGAAGAAUAGCGUACGCAUCUCUCUCGUCCCUACCAUCCACGGACCUCCUAGCAGGGUAUUUAGUCAGGCGUGGCAGAACAGUCCCCAGGAUGGUUCCACAGGAGGCGGCGCUGCAGAUGGAUCCGAUGGUCUGGGACUUGAUCCGGAUGCCAAACGUGCUCUUCCAACCCCACCCACAUCUUCCACAUUCUCCCCAGAUCUUAAGUUUACAGCAACAUCAAUCAAGGCGACCUUGACGACUACCUCCCCAACAUUGCCGCUUGUGGGAUAUGAUCAAUCUGGCAACUGGAUGCCAGAUACACCGCUUCUACAGCAGUAUCCGUUUGGCGUUCAGACGCCUGAACGCAAUCGAUCUCCGUCGUCGCCUAACAGCAUAAUCAAUAUCGAUGAGUACGACCCUGAGCAACCAAACUGCAUAUACCAAACACCGCCUAAUCUUAAUGCCAAUUCUCGUACAUAUCAAUCAGCUUUUGCUCCCAUCCCCGAAGAGUCGUCGAUAUGCUCCAACAAGACUGGAGGUGUUGAGCCACCACGAAACGAGGAUUCACCCCCGGUCUCUCCCAAGACUAUGUCACCGCCGAGAUUCAACUUUCAGAAUCGGUCGGCGUAUGAUGUACCGGUACAUGCUACGUGUAUUCCCGAAGAGCAUUCGGAGACGAUCGAUCCUUCGAUUAUAACCAAGGAUGCGUUCGGCGAGUACUCCGCCAUGGACGACAGCAUUUUUGGAACUCAUGCAGUCAACAAGCGCAUUAGCAUUGCGAUACCGGCAACGUCUCAAUCAGCGCAGUCAUUGCUUGAACCCCUUAUCGAAGCUGCUUUCCCAAGCAAUGAGUCGCCAACCAUCGGGCAUGACUGCUCUGAACUAUCACUGUCUUGCUACUCAUCCCGUUCGCCUUCGCCAUCACCCGGAGUUUCACCAAUAGAGCUUCCCAGCCCCGUCUAUCCCUGUUCACCCCGUCCAGCACACGCAGAACUUCCCAAAAGCCAACCACAGGGUCUAUCUAUAAACUUCGCCGACGUACCCAAACUAUACCCUUCACCCCGCGGACCGCGCCACUCUCCACCACGUCCCCUACGCACCUCAAUUGUCCAGCUACGACGCAUGAAUUCUGAUGCCCUCGAAGCAAAAGACACCAAAGCUGGAAGAGGCGAACGUCGCUAUCUCCGCCUCGGCCGUGAGGACAGCGUGCACAUCCCCGGUGAUGAAUCCUGGCUCGACGAACUAGACGACUCAUCGGCCGUUGAGCUCGAUGAAGCGGAAGGCCGCCGUCUCGUCGGCGAUUUACUAGAGGAAGAGGACAAUGAACAGGAAUGGGAUGAAGGCUGUACCGUCCUCGAUCUUGACGCAACGACAAUGACGACAAUGGGAGAAGACCACACACUCGACUCUGUCACCACCAUCAAGCCAGACCUCUCCGCCACCGCAAACACAACCUCUGGCGCCUCACCAUCCUCCCCCUCUGCCCAUUCAAGCAGCAUAUGGGAAGACGGAGAAGCCUUCUGGGCAUCAUCCACCCCCCCUCCUCCCUCCCAAUCCAAGUCCCAGUCCCAGUCCCACCCACAAACCUACCACCCCAAAACAUCCUCUCCCCUUCUCCCUACCCCCCCAAAACCCGCUCCAAACCCCAACCCCAAAUCCCCGCGCCACAACCGCAAACGCCACUUCGAAGUCGCAAAAGACGACAUCCCUAACCAACGCGGCCUCAUCCACCACGACCUCAACGCCCCGGACUCCUCAACCGACAACGAAGGAAACCCAAGUCCCCACUCCACACGCAAGAAGAAACGCAACACUGCACGACGCAACGGCAUCGAGCAGCACCACUAG